AACCGGAAGCGCAAUUGUCUGUAUACUAAGCUUGACCGCUACACGUCAAGAGCGAGUCUUUGGUGUUUCUGUUUUGGUCCAAGCCGAAGCCGCUCACCAAAAUGACGGCCAAGAAGUCUGGCUCACGACUGGAGACCGAGAUAGAGCGGUGCCGUUCAGAGGGGCAAUGGGAUAAGAUACCGGAGUUAGUUCGACAGCUCUCAGCUAAGUUGAUUUCAAACGAUGACCUUGGCGAGCUGUUGUUGGGGGAAUGCAAGCUUCUGACAUACCUGAAGGAGAAUCCAAUCAAACAGGGUGCGAGUCCAAGAGGCCCACGACCAAAACUGGUGGAGGUCAGGAAGCACCUCACUGCUGCUUUGGACAGAGGAAACCUCAAGGCUGAUUACCUCCAGGAAGCAAGUCUGCUCAUGGCCAAACUUAGUUAUGUUGAGGCAGAAUACACAGACGCUUUAGGUCACUAUAACAGGGUGAAUCUGGACGACAUGCAGCUGGUGGGAGCUCCAGUGUAUAGGCUAUCUAUGAUAGCAGAAGCUUAUGCCACGAAAGGCUUGUGUCUAGAGAAAGUCCCAGCCGCUUCUCCGCUGCUGUCCAAUAAGAACGGCGGUUCUCCCUCCUGCAAUCGGAACAGAACUGAGCGAGAGCAAGAAAUCAUCACAUGCUAUGAAAAAUCUGGAGACAUUGCUCUGCUGUACUUGCAGGAGGCUGAGAAGGCAUUGUCAGCUGGAAUUCAGAAUCGCAGCCCGAAGCCUGGCCCGACUUCCCAGGACCAGGAACUGGGUUACUUCCUUGAGACUGGCCUACAGAGAGCCCAUGUCAUUCACUUUAAGAACGGAAACCUGACGCAAGGUGUUGGGCGAUUUCGAGAAAUUCUUCGAGCUGUUGAGACCAGGACGACACAGAACCUGCGCAUGACCAUAGCAAGACAGCUUGCAGAGAUCUUGCUCCGAGGAAUGUGUGAACAGAGUUAUUGGUCUCCUGUGGAAGACCCGCCUACUGUGUCACCGCUGGACGAUCCCACGCGACAAGGACACGUCCAAAGCAAGAAGUACAGCUUAAGCCGACGCCCACGCGUGUACUCGGGAGAGAAUCUUUUUUGUCCCCAGGAGAACACAGAAGAAGCAUUAUUGCUGCUCCUCAUUAGUGAGUCCAUGGCUAACCGCGAUGCUGUCCUAAGCAGGAUCCCGGAACACAAUAAUGAUCGAAUCAUUAGUCUACAGUCCGCCUCUGUGGUGUACGACCUGCUGACUAUUGCUUUAGGCAGGAGAGGGCAGUAUGAGAUGCUAUCAGAGUGUUUGGAGCGCGCCAUGAAGUUUGCCUUUGAGGAGUUCCACUUAUGGUACCAGCUUGCACUUUCUUUAAUGGCUGCUGGGAAAUCCGCUCGCGCAGUUAAAGUUUUGAAGGAGUGUAUCCGUCUAAAGCCAGAUGACCCCACCAUUCCGCUACUGGCCGUCAAACUUUGCAUCGGACCCCUGCACUGGCUGGAUGAGGGUGAGUGCUUUGCCAAAAUGGUGAUCGACAUGGGGGAGAAAGCAGCCGAGUUUAGAGCCAAAGGCCACUUGGCAAUUGGACUGGUUUACAGCCUCAAAGCCACGGAUGCAUCAUUGCGAAGCACACAGGAAGAGUAUCAAAGAAAAGCUUUGGGAGCCUUCCAGAGAGCUCAGAGUUUGUCUCCAACAGACCAUCUAGCAGCCUUCUACCUUGCACUGCAGCUUGCUGUGUCCAGACAGAUUCCUGAGGCGCUCGGCUAUGUUCGACAAGCCUUGCAGCUUCAAGGGGAUGAUGUUCACUCCCUUCAUCUGCUGGCCCUGCUUCUCUCAGCACAGAAACAUUACCAGGAUGGUCUCAAUAUUAUAGAAAUGGCCCUAUCUGAGUAUCCAGAGAACUUCAACUUGCUCUAUACCAAGGUCAAGUUGGAGAGCAUGUGCAGAGGAUCAGAAGAAGCUUUGCUCACCUGCAAACACAUGCUGCAGAUCUGGAAAAGCUUUUACAACCUUACCAAUCCCAGUGAUUCGGGGCGUGGUAGCAGUUUGUUGGAUAGGGCUGUAGCUGACAGACGACAGCUAAAUGCAAUGACUCUGCCAGACUUCAGUGACCCAGAUACAGGCGGCCUUCAGGACGCUAAAAUGCUUGGUUUUUCUUCCAUGUUUUCUGUUUGUUCUGUGCAUGCUACAUCCAUAGCGGCAAGUCGUGUGGAGCAGGCAUUGUCUGAGGUGGCUUCCUCCUUGCAGAGUAGUGCCCCAAAGCACGGUCCCCUGCACCCCUGGUUGACUCUGGCUCAGAUCUGGCUGCAUGCAGCUGAGGUCUACAUCGGCAUGUCGAAGCCCGCUGAGGCGUCAGCCUGCACUCAAGAAGCCGCCAACCUCUUUCCCACAUCGCAUAAUGUUCUGUUUAUGAGGGGGCAGAUUGCAGAGCUGAGGGGCAACAUAGACGAGGCGAAGCGCUGGUAUGAAGAAGCCCUGUCCAUCAACCCCACGCAUGUCAAAACCAUGCAGAGACUGGGUCUUAUUCUCCACCAGCUGCAACGCUACAGUCUGUCGGAAAAAGUCCUGAGGGAUGCCGUGCAGGUCAACAGUACGGCUCAUGACGUGUGGAACAGCCUUGGUGAGGUGUUGCAGGCUCAAGGAAACGCCGCCGCCGCCACCGAGUGUUUCCUCACCGCUUUGGAGCUAGAGGCCAGCAGCCCCAUCCUCCCCUUCACCAUCAUUCCAAGAGCACUAUAAAACAUACACACACAGUGGUAGCGUACUGGAGCACAAAAAUGGACCUGUGAGAAACACACCAAACACGCAGUAUGCCUGCAUCUCUCUCUCUCUCUCUCUCUCACACACACACACACACACACACAUUCGAGUCAAAUGACUAGGUCUCCCCCCUCCCAUCAUGCCUUGCUGUAACCACCUCUGGUGAUGCUGUUUUGUUGUGUGUUUGUGGUCUGUUUCCGGUGCAUUUUGACUCUGACAUUUCCUACAUGAAGACCAAGACUUGAAAUGGUGUUUAGGUCAUUCAUAUGCUGUACUUGAAAUUGUUGAAGCACUGACAGCAAAUAUAAGGAACACAAGUGUGUAUGUCUUGUUGACACCAGUUUCCACGCCAAGCGAUUUGAUACAUCAGGCCAUGCACGCGCGUAAACACACGCAUGCGCACACGCAUUCACAUGCUGCUAGCCACCGUGAGCUGGCUUGAAUCCCAAAAUGCAGAUUUGCAUUUACACGACACAUUUCUUUUUAACGGCAUUGCAACGCAAGUCAUUCCACAUACAAGUGACCUGUUUUAGCAGUAUUUUGACAUACAAACCAUCGAUCGGCCAUUUUUUUUUGUCUUCAAUUGCGGCCAAAAUUGGCUAAAAAAUUGGUAACAAGCAGCGUUUUGCUCAGGAGGAUAAACGGUUUAGAAAAUGGACGGGAGAAUGAUUAAUUAUUCCCUCUCAAAAUCCUAGUUGGAUUUUACUCUAAAACUAAACCUAAAACAGAAUUUCACAUUGUGUGUGCAAGCUCUCAUAGCGUUACCUCACGAAAGUCCGCUGGCUGAGCGCUAACGCAAUGCCUAGUGCCUACGGAGGGGGAAUUUAGCUAGCAUUGAUGUCACGUUAGUUCUAAGCCUUCAAGCAUCACAUAUUUGGAGAAAGAAUAGAAUACUCACAGGCGUUGUGUUGUUUACCCUCUGUGAAAAGUAAAUAAUCAUAACAAAGUUUAUGCUGCAUUCGAGGAAGGUGGGAAGUCGGAAAUAUCCGACUCAAAUUGUCCCCAUUACGGCCGCUAAACGUUUCAGAUGAACGUAAACAACAAAAAUGGCUUAUUGUUUUGGGUCAUCACAACACAUUUUGACCUCCAGCAAACCUUCAUAAUUUCUUCAAUGUAUAGAAAGAAAGCAAUAUUGUAUCUUCCAAGUAUUUCGUUCAUGUCACCAAAUACUGUAACUUCAUGUAGGGAAAUCACAGCAUUCUGUAUCUUCAUGCAGUCAGUACAAAUGUUCCCUGAAGUUAUUUUGAAUAACUGAAUUAAUGAGAUAUUAAAUAAAUAAAGCAAAAUAUAUGUUCAUAGUCUUGUAAAUUAUAUUUUGCCUUCCACGGUCUUUGCCUCCGGUUGGAGGUCGCAAAAUUUCGACUUCCUACAUUCCUCGAACUAAGCAUUAGUUGUGGCCGUCAUUUUCUGUACAGUACUGUAUUUGUUCUGCACGCCCCCUCGUGGGCAAGGCACGCACACCAGAAAGGAGGCCCAUUGAGUCCAGGCAUGAUGUCUUGAUGCUGAACCUCUUUCGUUACAUUCUAUUUAAUUAUGUUGAUGCUGUAGAGUGCCAUUUUUCUCGUUGAAAAACGUUUGUUUG